AUGGCAGUCCAGCACAUUAUCAAACUCUUUUCAGUCCUUGCGACCAUCUCGCAUGCGGCGCCUACUACAGAGAAUACCUCUGCAUCUCAAUUCGACGUUCCGCUUGACAAGCGUGCCGGUCCUUGCCCCUUCACUGGUGCUAUAGACCCCGCUAAAGUCGCCGCUCAAUUGGCGUCUUGCUCAUCGGUCACUUUCAAUGCUGUCCAAGUUCCUGCAGGCAAGACACUAGAUCUAUCUGGACUGGCUGAUGGCACAGCUGUUAAUUUCCAGGGGAUCUCGACGUUCGGCGUUUCGAAGGGAUUUGCUGGCCCGCUUCUGCAAAUCAGUGGCAAGAACAUCGUCGUUACUGGUGAGACUGGCGCCAAGCUUGAUGGCCAAGGUGCACAGUACUGGGACGGCCUGGGCAGUAACGGAGCCACACCAAAGCCAAAGUUUCUAGCUGCUCACGAUCUUAUUGGCACAUCGUCAAUCACUAAUCUAUACCUCGAGAAUACGCCUGUUCAAGCUGUAAGCAUCAAUGGAUGUGACGGACUUACAAUCAGUCACAUGACAAUCGACAACUCAGCUAGCGACAGUCUGCCCUCUAAUAAAGCGGCGCACAAUACAGAUGGUUUUGACAUCGGCUCCAGCACAAACAUUAUUAUUAAUAAAGCGAGUGUGCAUAAUCAAGAUGAUUGCGUAGCGAUCAAUUCCGGAACAGGUAUCACUUUACAAAACGGAAACUGCACUGGUGGUCACGGUCUUUCCGUUGGCUCAGUGGGUCACGGAAGCACUACUGCCAGCAAUUCCGUCAGCAAUAUCAAAUUCCUCAGUAGCUCGGUUACAAACUCGGUCAAUGGGAUCCGCGUAAAGUCAUUUUAUGAUGGCACAGGCAAAAUAGACGGAGUAACCUACAAUGGAAUCACUCUCUCAGGAAUCACCGGUCAUGGCAUCCUGAUAGAGCAGAACUACGACGGCGGAGACUUGUCAAAAACCCACGGCCCUGGCUCUGGUGUUCCUAUCACCGGCCUAACAUUGGAGAGUAUUACUGGAACCAAUAGUGUUGCCACUUCUGGCACCAAUGUUGCUAUUGAGUGUGCUAAUUGCAGCGGAUGGACCUGGAACACAGUUUCUGUCACUGGCGGCAAAAAGUUUUCCUGUGUUGGUGCGCCCUCUGUUGUUCCGGCAGGCGUCUGCGCAUAA